CUUCAGCGAUCAUUAAUAUUGUAGUCGGGUUCGACAGAAUCAAUCCGUUCCAACGUUUCACCGUCAAAGCGGCUUAUGAAACUCCAAAAACAUGGUUUCCUAACUUCGGGUUCUUAAAUCAAUUCAUUUUUCAGGAGCAAGGGAUUGCUUUACAAGUUUUUGAGGCUUUAAACUAAAGUCGAUCUGUUGUUCUGAAGUUUGAAGAAUUCGAUGUAAGACGAAACUCCUACGAAAUAUGGGCUUUUGGGUGUUGAGGAACAACUCGGUACUUUGCCCUGGCGUGUUUAAACAAAACCCCUUGCGAGACUCAUAUAAACGAGCUUGAAAACUUGAACAUGAAUUCAUCAGAAUCUGGAAUUGACACUGAUCAUGAAGGAAGAUCAGAAGGAUUGAAAUUGUUAGAAGUAAUUCCAAACAAGGGACAGUAUAAUGCGAAAGAAAAAAUAGUUCUUAUUUUCAACACCAACCUAUCUGAYAAGGGAAGCUACCAUGCAGAAUUCAAAGGAUACAAGCGUUCCAAGAUGGAUGUCAAAGCAAACAAAAUUAACAAUUGUACAUUAGUUGUUGAGGCUCCAAUUUACCAUCCCGUGGAGCAAGUUAAAAUUCAUGUGCGCCAUCGAACAUACGAAGGGUCCAAAAUCAUAGGAACCAAAACAUUUAAAUUUCUAUCAAGAGAAGAGAUUCUUGCAGACAUUUUAAAAGACUACACAGGAGACCCUGUGACAUUUAUGUGUGAGUCACUGGGGAUAUCGCCGUCAGAUAUCUCUGCACUCGAUGAUGCAUUGGCGGCAACAUUCAAACGCAAUAUGCCGAAAGGCUUCAAUCUAAUUGGCCUUCAUAAUGACAGUAUUGGUAGAGAGCCUUCUGAUUCUCUUCAUCCAACAUUACUCCACUUCGCUGCAGCAUUUGGGCUYUCUCGUUUAACCAAAGACUGUCUUCUUCAAUGUCCUGGAGUCUCCGAGGCGUCUAAGUUGAAAAACUGUAAAGGAAUGAAACCAAAUGAAAUAGCUUCAAACGGCGGUUAUGAAGAGCUAGCUGACGAGAUACUAACAUUUCAGGGACAACAAGAAGAGGGAAUUUACGAAUCUAUGGAAGAGAAAGAUGCAGAAUACCUUCAGAUGGCACCUGGCUAUAUCAAUGUACAACUAUGGUCACAGCCGGCCUACGUUGAAAUGGCCGAACGCGAGCAAGACCAAGAAGCGUAUUACAUGGACAUGCAAAAAAAAGAGGCCGAUGUUGACACCGACGACCAUGGCUACAUAGACGCCAACCGACAAGACGUCCAAGAAACCGACGACUUCUAUAUGGAUAUGACCAAGCCAUCCACUGAAGAGAGCAGCGAAGGUCAUUAUGCUGAUGUCAAAGGUGAACAGGAAGAAGACGACYUCUAUGAGAAUCAGUAUCGUCAAGRAACAGGACAAGACUUCUCCCAAGGCGAUGAAAGCGAGCAGYUUUAUGAACCAAUGGUAGGAGAUACAGGGCUAGGUGGCGAGGAUCAGAAUGAAGGUAAAGUGACCUGAAUAGACUCCUCUUUU